UCAGAUUUUAUUGGGAAAAGAAAACAUAUACUUGAGCCUGUGCUUGAUAAGGGACGUUACUCUAUGGUGUUGUUGUUAAUGUUAGUGAUGUUGUUACUAAUCUAUCUGUUUAUAUUUUAUAUCAUAUCUAUUUUUGUUUGUCGCCAUUACAAGACCCGAUCAGUGAGUUGCCUCCUCAUCUCCGCCCCACACUCCGGUCCACAUCAGCCCAGCAAUUGUGUUGAGACGCGCGCCACGCUUCCAUUCAGAUGCGUUCCCCUUCCACACAGUCUAUAAUCAUUUGUCCUAAUUCUGUCAAGUCCAUUCCACGCUCUCUCUCUCUCUCUCUCUCUCUCUCUCUCUCUCUCUCUCUCUCUCUCUGAUCAGCUAGGGGGAUAUCACCACGUGCUGUCACAUUUGGGAUGAGUCAGUCCGUCAUCUGCCACCGUCACCAGUCCGUCGCCGCCAGCCACACCGCUGCAAGACCACUAUGAGUACAGUUGAACGGGUAACGAAAGAGCAUGAGGGGAUCGCUCCCUCUAGAGUGCCUCGCUUCGCCACAAUCAUCAACAGCGGCGGCUCCACUGUAUGGCGCCUCCCUCUGGCCAGCACCGUCAACGAUAUUCCGUUCGGCGAGGGCGUGUUCCUGUACGGCGGUCUGGGCAGCGUCACGGCCAUCACGCUCUUCACCAUCGCCCACGCCCUGCUCUUCAACAACACCACCACCCGCAGGAAGCGUGACCUCGCUUCAAUGAUGGAAGCAUCCCAAGAUGAUCCCGGCCUGCUGUCUUUGCUGGAGGGAAUGUACGCGCAUGGGGGCAGGUGGUGCGGUCUGAGACUCACGUGUGAGCUGGCAGCGAGGGAGGAACUCGACCUUGGUCCUGACGAGAAGCUGCUCUUUUCCUUCUUUAGAAAGGUGGCAGCUGCCCAGAAUCUGCACGUGUCUACUCAGCAAAUGCACCACGGCCAGGCCACGCAGCACGCCCUCCCUGCUGCAAGGCCCGCCCAGUGCCGUGACCUGGAUGGCAGGUGUCCUUACUCAGCUCGGGCCAUGAUGGAGGCUUACCGCACCGCCCAUGUCAAGCUGGAACAACGAGGAUAUUCCCACCUCAAGCCUAGCUACUGAGUCUACACACACACACACACACACACACACACACACACACACACACACACACACACACACACACACACACACACACACACACACACACACACACA